AUGCCCUUCUCUCGAAGAGCAGAGUCUUCUUUGUAUGCUGUAUCUUUGUCCAUCCGGUCAGUCUAUGGAACACGUGACUCCGCGCCUCUCUCCCGCGUCUCCAACGCGCGGGCGAUUUCCCGCUCGGCGUCAACGGUCGUUAUCUGCGAAGCAUCAGGGAGGCCUGGCAUCAGAGACGUCAGCGGCUGUAGCGUGCUAGCCACGCUCUUUGUCUUGUUCAAUAUUGUCCGUUCCUUCGAUAAUACGAGAAGCGAGACCAUACAGUUUCAUACGCCCUUGACGUUGAUUGUUGGAUAUAAUGGAUCGGGAAAGACGACUAUCAUCGAGUGCCUCAAAUAUGCUACUACCGGCGACCUUCCCCCCAAUAGCAAAGGCGGGGCAUUUAUACAUGAUCCGAAGCUUUGCGGCGAAAAGGAAGUGCUGGCUCAGGUGAAGCUAUCUUUCAAGAGCACUUCUGGUGCCAAGAUGGUAGCCACCAGAAGCCUGCAGCUUACGGUGAAGAAGACUACUAGGCAGCAGAAGACUCUAGAGGGCCAGCUCCUGAUGGUGAAAGAUGGCGAGAGGACAUCUAUUUCUUCCCGAGUGGCGGAGUUGGACCAGAUCAUGCCACAAUACCUAGGCGUGUCAAAAGCGAUACUGGACUCGGUCAUAUUCUGCCACCAGGAUGAGAGUUUGUGGCCCAUGAGUGAACCUUCAGUCCUGAAAAAGAAGUUCGAUGAGAUUUUCGAAGCAAUGAAGUAUACUAAAGCGAUUGAAAACAUCAAGGCCCUCAGGAAGAAGCAGAAUGAGGAGCUGGCUAAGUAUAAGAUCAUGGAGCAGCAUGCAAAAGAAGAUAAGGACAAGGCUGAUCGUGCCGAGAAACGAUCGAUCAAACUUCAAGAUGAGAUCGAGGCUCUGCGGGAGGAAACACAGAAACUUUCACUGGAAAUGCGACGUGUUGCAGAACUUGCGGACAAGGCCUGGAAAGAAUCAGAGAGUUAUGCACAAGUCCUCGGCGCUUUGGAAGGCAAGCGUAUAGAGGCGAAAAGCAUUCAAGGGACUAUCGAGAAUCUUAAAAGACAUCUUGUUGAGCUCGACGAACCGGAUGAAUGGCUAGAAUCAAGUCUUGAGCAAUUCGAAUCCCGGCAAAUCCGGUUUCAGCAACAGGAAGAGGCUCGGAAAGAAAAUUACAUGGAGGUCAAGGAACAGAUAGACCAAGCUCGACAACGACUAGGCCUCAAGCAGGCAGAACUUGGAAAACACGAGAAUGACAAAGCCCAGUAUCAGAGGCAGAUGGAACGUCGGCAGAAUAUGAUCAAAGAAAUCGCCCGGAAUAAUAAUAUCCGUGGGCUCGAUGGCAACCUAGAUCAGGCUGAUAUCGAUGAAUUUAUGCAUAGGAUGCGGAAACUGCUCAAGGAACGGAACCAAGCGUUAGAUCGAGCGAAGAGGGAAACCCAGCUGGAGCUACGUGAAGUACAAACGACACUUAACGAGAUCGGACAGCGGAAGUCCGCUUUGCAAGAAGCUAAGAAUGCUGCAAGGCGACAAAUUUCCGCAAACGACAAAGAUGCGGUUACAUAUCAAGGGAAGCUCAAUGAAAUUGAUGUUGAUGAAGGGAUUCAAGCUGUGAUCGAGUCAAAGAUCGAGGAUAUCCAGUCACGUCUGGAACGUGCGAAGGAGCACGAACGCUCCGCUUCCUGGGACGAGGAGAUCCAAGAUAUAAACACCGAGAUUCGAGAACUCGAGGAUGAAAGUUCACGACUUAAUGCAGAACUCAUUGAGUCGACUAAAAAGGCUGGUGAUCUGGCUCGCUUAGACCACCUUAAAAAAGAAUUAAAGGAUCGGCAGCGCAGUUUGGAGACUAUGACUGGAGCGCAUGGCGAGCGACUCUCAAAGUUGGUCAGUCAAAACUGGAAACCCGAGACUCUUGAACGAGAGUUUCAGCUGGUUUCUGAUAAUGAAUCAAAACGUGUCGCCGAUGCGGAACGGCGCCGAGACGGACUAAACAGAGAACUUGAACAUGUUGAAUUCAACCUCAAAACCAUCAAAAACAAUUCGAAACAGAGACAGAAAGAACUUAAUGAGUGUGUUGAGGAGAUCCGUAAGGCGAUCGACGAUGAGCCUUCAGAAUACCAAGAAGUUGUGAAGCAACGACAGGAAGAUCUUGAAGUGGCAAAAAAGGAUGCUCAUACAGCUGCCGGCAUGUAUGAGUACAUUAAGCUAUGUAUUGACGUCGUGAAUAAGGCAAAAGUCUGUAGGACAUGUCGGAGGGGCUUUGAUUCCAACGCGGAAUGUCAGGCUUUUAAACAGCAGUUAGAAAACUCGAUGAAGAGACGAACUUCAAUUGCUAAGGAUGAUGAUCUGCGGCAGUUGGAGGAGGAGCUUGAAACUGCUCGGGCAGCCGGCACUGCUUACGAUACAUGGGUUCGCUUGUCUGAGAUAGAUAUCCCGGCACUGAAGCAGGAAGCCCAGGAAUGUGAAUCUGAACGGGACAAACUCCUAUCGCAGCUUGAAGUCCAGGACAAAGUGGUCGGUGAGCAGGUUGACAAAAAGAGGGAUAUUGAAGCUCUUUCGAAAACAGUCAACACCAUUGCGAGGUACGAUACGGAAAUCAAGAUUCUAAAAUCUCAAAUUGAGGAUCUGCAAUCAAAGCAACAAACCGCUACGGCUACCCGGACCCUCGAAGAUAUUCAAGAUGAAAUAGCUGCGGUUGGCGAGAAGACCAGGACACUCAAACGGGCUCUGUCGAAACUUACAGCCGAUAAAGAACAAACACGCACCGAAAUCAGCAAUUUGGAACUGCAGCUCCGAGAUGUUAGUCGCAACCUCGAUAAUGCCAAAUUUCAGCUGGAAAAGAAGGCCGGCUUACUAGCGCGAUUGGAAGAAUACAAACAUCUCAAUUCUCGACAACGUGAAGCAAUUGAAAAUGCUGAUCGGGACAUCGAAAGCCUAACACCCGAGCUUCUCAAGGCACAAGAGAAAUAUGAUGACAUCAGUAGUCGAGCCGAAACCCGUGAGAGGGAGUUGAAUCAGGAAGCCUCUGAGCUUUCGGACAGCUUGCACCAGCUGGAGCUUGCAAAUGAUGACAUCAACUCGUACAUUGAGCGAGGUGGCCCGAGUCAGUUGGAGCGGUCUAAACGAGAACUCAAUAGCAUUGAAGGUGAAAUAAGCCAAUUGGAAGCCGAACUGAGCAAUAUCACAAGAGAAAUCAACAAGAUAUCUGCGCAGCUUAAAGAUAGCGAAAACACAAAACGGCAGUAUUCCGAUAAUCUCACAUACCGACAGGCGACAAGGAAUCUGGACAAAGUAAUGGCAGAAAUUGAGGAGCUGGAAGCCCAUAAUGCUGAGGUCGACCGCAGUCGUUUCAAGGAGGAAUCGGAACGUCGAACCCGAGAACACAAUGCUCUUGCUGCAAAACAAGCGAGCAAAAUGGGAGAGAUGAAAUCAAAGGAUGAUCAGUUGAUGCAGCUGUUGGCUGAUUGGAACACAGAUUACAAGGAUGCAGCGCACAAGUAUAAGGAAGCUCACAUCAAAGUCGAAAGUACGAGAGCGGCUGUCGAUGACCUAGCUCGUUAUGGAGGCGCACUCGAUAAAGCCAUUAUGAAAUACCACAGCUUGAAGAUGGAGGAGAUCAACGCCAUCAUCGGAGAACUUUGGCAGAAGACAUACAGAGGUACUGAUGUUGAUACGAUCCUAAUCCGUUCCGACAACGAGAACGCAAAAGGAAACCGGUCUUACAAUUACCGCGUAUGCAUGGUCAAGCAGAAUGCCGAGAUGGACAUGCGCGGACGUUGCAGUGCAGGCCAGAAGGUCCUUGCCAGCAUCAUUAUCCGUCUGGCUUUGGCAGAAUGCUUUGGGGUGAACUGCGGUCUUAUUGCGCUGGACGAACCGACCACAAACCUUGAUCGAGAUAAUAUCCGGUCCCUGGCAGAGUCGUUGCAUGAUAUUAUCCGUACUCGUCAGCAACAAGCUAACUUCCAGUUGAUUGUGAUUACCCAUGAUGAGGAAUUCCUGAGAUACAUGCAGUGCGGGGACUUCAGCGAUUACUAUUACCGGGUUUCACGCAAUGAGAGACAGAAGUCGAUUAUCGAAAGGCAGUCAAUUGCAGAGGUUAUGUGAUGUCUUGGUGAAUAUGGGCAUGUUUUAUAAGCCCAGGUCUCGGCUUUCAAUGCUUUCUGCUCAUGUUUUGAAGGUUCUAUACGCGGACGUUAAGGAACUGGUGUCCAAAGGAUAGCUCGGCGUUGGGGAAUAG